AUGUCUCAAACUUUAUAUUUCAGACUUCUUCUCAUCGCUCUCUGUUCAUUAUCUGAAUGCAUUCAGCACCGCUAUCAUUAUAUAAACAUGAUAAAGACCUGGACUGAAGCUCAGAAAUACUGCAGAGAAAAAUACACAGAUCUGGCCACAGUCAACAACAUCAAUGACCUGAAACAACUGAUGAAUAGUGUAGAUAACAGUCUGCUGAGGAGCACUGAUGGUGUGUAUGUCUGGAUUGGACUGAAGAGAUUAAAUAACAACUCAUUGGAGUGGUCAGAUGGGAGUGAAUCUGGAUUCACACACUGGAGGUCUGGUGAACCUAAUAAUGGUGAACCUGAAAGUUGUACAGUAACCAUUGUGAACAAGCAGGGAGAAUGGAAUGAUGUAAAGUGUGAUGAGUCUUAUACCUUUGUGUGUCAUGAAGAUAAUCUGAUAUUGAUCAAUGAGAGUCUGAGCUGGUCUGAAGCUCUGAGAUACUGCAGAGAGAAUCAUGUGGAUCUGGUUUCAGUUGAUUCAGAGGAGAUUCAGUUCAUGGUGACUAAAGUGAUUAAUGAGUCCUCUACUGACGCUGUGUGGAUGGGGUUACGUCACUCCUGUGCUGUUGGUCUUUGGUUCUGGGUGAAUGGAGAGAUGGUCUGCUAUCAGAAUUGGGCUCCAGGGAAUGAAACAGCAGUGGACGACUGUGACCCUAAAGUGAAAUCUGGAGCAGUUCAGUCUGGAGAUCAUCAUCUCUGGAUCAGCCUUCCUCAAUCUCACCCACUCAACUUUAUCUGCAUUAAAAAAGUUAAAUAA